CUCUAUAUAUCUGCAUACUACGUGGGGCCUUGUCUGGCCUCUGUGGUGCUCGAUGAAGCCAUCUUGGCUUCUGCAACGCGCUGCGCUCACUGCAGAGCUUGUCUGUAACAACCCAACAACAUUACAUUCAAGUGCGCCGCAACUAUCUGGACUCGCUGCUCUAGCAUCGCUGCGCCCGGCGCCCAUCGCGUGCACCGAUCAGCACAAUCCGCACUGGCAGUAUUCUGGUCCUGAGCAGCCCGCUGCAAGCGGUUUAAGGGAGCCAUCUAACGCACUGCUCGGUGGCAACAUGCUAGCGGGCGCCCGCAGCGCGGCGGCACAGGCUGGGCCCUCAGCCUCCUGCUCUCGUGGGGCUGCCUGCGCGGCCCCGGCGUGCAAGGCCCCCGUCGCUCAUGCGAUAGCUUCUGCCUCUCCCGCGGCCACGGCAUCAGCUUCUCACGGCGUCAGCAUCACUCUCAGAAGCCACUGCCAGCGGGGUGCUGCGCAGGCCAGCGGCGCACUCGGGGCGUUGGGCGCCGCAGCGGCGGCGGCCGGAGGGAGUGGGCGGCGGCGGGGCGCGGUGCUCCCAUGCGGAUUGGCGGCGGCCUCGGCUUCCUCAUCGGGCUCUGCAGCGUCAAGGCUCUACUCGGAUUGGACCGCCACUGCCGGCGGCGCCUCGCGCGGCACGGCGCCAGCAGUGGCGUCGCCGUCACCGCUGGCGCUUGGGCUGUCGGACCGAGGGGCAUCAGCAGCAGCAACAGCCUCCUCCGCCUCUGCAGCUAGCACGGUAUCGUGUCUGGCGUCAUCGGGGCCACGCGGGCUGAUCCUGCCCCCGCGCGGGCUGUUGCACGCCCCGGGAGGGUGUAGCAGCAGCACCAGUGGCACUUUGAUUAGCGGCAGUAGCAUCGGCACCAGCAGCGGCAGUAGCAGUAGCAGUAGCGGCAGCACCGCCGGGAGACUCUUUAGCAGCAGCGGCGCCAGCAGUAGCAGCAGCACUGGCAGCGGCGGAAUGGGCGGCCCCGGGGGACUCUUCGGCGGCAGCGGAAUGGGUGGCAGCGGCGGCAACGGUAACGGUAACGGUAACCUGCCGCCGCCAAUCAUCAUCAGUCCUACCGCGCUACGGGUGGUUGUUAUCGGUUGGAUGGGCUCCAACCGCCGCUACCUGAACAAGUACGGCGGGCUGUGGGCUCGCAGCGGCGACCACGAGGUGCUCAUGAUCCGACCCACCAUCGCGCAGACGCUGGUGCGGUGGCGGGGCGUGGUGGUGGCGGGGCGGGACAUCGACCGCGUGGCCACUCUGCACCGCGAGAACCCAGCCAUGCCCACCGUGUACCACAUAUUCAGCACGGGCGGCUUCAUCCACGCCGGCACCAUGUGGCGAUGGAUGGACGAGGUGGAGGACGUGGCGCAGCGGCGUGACCUGCUGGAGGAGGUGGCGGGCAUCAUCCUGGACAGCGCACCCGCGGCCGUGCAGCCCGACCUGGCGGCUCGCGCCAUCGUGAGUGCCGUCACCAACACGCCCUCCGAGGAGCUGGGUCCCGACGUGGGCGGCAUCCAGGGCGCGCUGGUGGGCGGCGUGCGCGGCUUCCUGCAGUCCUACCUGCAGUCCAGCGGCGUCAAGCUGCGGACCGAGGAGGUGUACGACGCCUGGUACAACCUGGCCCCCACCUGCCCGCAGCUGUACCUGUACUCGGCCGCAGACCCGCUGGCGCCGCCGGGUGACGUGGAGCGGUACAUGGGCGUGCAGGAGGGCCGCGGCGUGGACGUGAGCUGCCACAAGUGGGUGGACAGCGGGCACGUGGACCACUUCCGGCGCCACCCGCACGAGUACGCCUACCAGAUCAGCGCCUUCCUGGCGCGAGCGCUGAGGGACUGGUGAGGGAGGGGUGAGGUGGGAGGAGGUGGGAGUGGGAGGCGGAGGUGGGAGGAGGUGGAGGUGGGCGGGAGGAGGUGGUGGAGGGAGGGAGGGGGGAGGAGGUGGUGGAGGUGGGAGGUGGUGGUGGAGGUGGAGGUGGGCGGGAGGAGGUGGUGGAGGUGGAGGUGGGAGGAGGGAAGGAGGGAGGAGGUGAGGGUGAGAGGGAGGAGCUGUGAUGGGGUGCAGGGAGAGGCGUUUGUGGGAGCGCGAGCGCGCGUGUUGGGAGGUGGGCAGGCCGUGCGACGGAGGCAAAGGGCGCGAGGCGGGAAAGGGCAGGAGGAGGGAAGGGCGCGAGCGGGGGUGUUGACGGUAUGUCUGGCGGGUCGGGCGGCCACGCGCGUGCGAGAUUGAGAGAGUGCAGGCCGCAGCGGGCGAGCGAGACGCGUGCUGUAACGCUCUUACGCG